AUGAGAGGGAACCCCCCAACAAGGAGACGAGAGGGAACACCCCAACAAGGAGACGAGAGGGAACGUCCCAACAAGGAGACGAGAGGGAACGCCCCAACAAGGAGACGAGAGGGAACGCCCCAACAAGGAGACGAGAGGGAACGUCCCAACAAGGAGACGAGAGGGAACGUCCCAACAAGGAGACGAGAGGGAACCCCCCAACAAGGAGACGAGAGGGAACGUCCCAACAAGGAGACGAGAGGGAACGCCCCAACAAGGAGACGAGAGGGAACACCCCAACAAGGAGACGAGAGGGAACACCCCAACAAGGAGACGAGAGGGAACGUCCCAACAAGGAGACGAGAGGGAACGCCCCAACAAGGAGACGAGAGGGAACGUCCCAACAAGGAGACGAGAGGGAACGUCCCAACAAGGAGACGAGAGGGAACGUCCCAACAAGGAGACGAGAGGGAACGCCCCAACAAGGAGACGAGAGGGAACGUCCCAACAAGGAGACGAGAGGGAACGUCCCAACAAGGAGACGAGAGGGAACACCCCAACAAGGAGACGAGAGGGAACGUCCCAACAAGGAGACGAGAGGGAACGUCCCAACAAGGAGACGAGAGGGAACGUCCCAACAAGGAGACGAGAGGGAACGUCCCAACAAGGAGACGAGAGGGAACGUCCCAACAAGGAGACGAGAGGGAACGUCCCAACAAGGAGACGAGAGGGAACACCCCAACAAGGAGACGAGAGGGAACGUCCCAACAAGGAGACGAGAGGGAACGUCCCAACAAGGAGACGAGAGGGAACGUCCCAACAAGGAGACGAGAGGGAACGUCCCAACAAGGAGACACCCAGAUAGACCCGGCAGCAGAGACCCAUGUUUCGACAACGGGCACCCAUAACUAG